GAGCACAUCCCGGUCGAUGAAGUGUUUGAGAAUCUUCAGUGCAGCCACAGGGGGCUCACUUCCAAGCAGGUGCAGCAGCGGCUGCAGAUCUUCGGCCUGAACAAGCUCGAGGAGAAGGAGGAGAGCAAGUUCCGCAAGUUUCUGGGGUUCAUGUGGAAUCCACUGUCAUGGGUCAUGGAGGAAGCGGCGAUCAUGACCAUCGCGCUGGCAAACGGAGGGGGGAAGCCACCAGACUGGCAAGACUUCCUCGGUAUCAUCUUCCUGCUUCUUAUAAACUCGAGCAUCAGUUUCGUCGAGGAAAACAAUGCUGGAAAUGCUGCCGCCGCGCUUAUGGCCGGUCUUGCACUAAAAGGCAAGGUUCUCCGUGAUGGUCGUUGGACCGAGGAGGAGGCCGCCGCCCUUGUGCCCGGGGACAUCAUCAGUAUCAAACUUGGAGAUAUCAUUCCUGCCGACGCCCGCCUCCUAGACGGUGAUCCUUUGAAGAUUGAUCAGUCUGCCCUGACCGGAGAAUCGCUACCAGCCACCAAAGGGCCUGGUGACGGCGUCUACUCUGGUUCGACGGUCAAGCAAGGCGAGAUCAAGGCCGUUGUCAUAGCAACUGGUGUGCACACUUCCUUUGGAAAGGCCGCACUUCUCGUCGACUCCACCAACCAAGUUGGCCAUUUCCAACAGGUGUUAACAGCCAUCGGGAACUUCUGCAUUUGCUCCAUUCUUGUGGGAAUCUGCAUCGAGAUUAUUGUCAUGUAUCCUAUCCAAAACAGGGCGUACCGCCCCGGGAUCGACAACCUUCUGGUGCUUCUAAUUGGAGGUAUUCCCAUAGCGAUGCCCACAGUCUUGUCGGUCACCAUGGCGAUUGGAUCUCAUCGCUUGUCUCAACAGGGAGCUAUAAUAAAGAGGAUGACUGCAAUCGAGGAUAUGGCUGGCAUGGAUGUUCUUUGCAGUGCUAAAACUGGGACCCUGACUCUAAAUAAGCUCAGUGUGGACAAGAACCUUAUCGAGGUUCACUUGAACACUCAGUUUUUGAAAAAAGGAGUGACUAAGGACCAGGUGAUUCUGAUGGCUGCUAGAGCAUCCCGGAUAGAAAAUCAAGAUGCCAUUGAUACGGCAAUAGUUGGGAUGCUAGGCCAUCCAAAGGAGGCGCGUGCUGGUGUGCAAGAGGCCCAUUUCCUGCCGUUCAACCCUACUGACAAAAGAACCGCGUUGACAUACAUUGAUGGCGACGGAAAGAUGUACCGUGUUAGCAAAGGUGCACCAGAGCAGAUUCUCAACCUGGCCCACAACAAGUCAGAGAUCGCACAAAAAGUCCACGCUGUCAUCGACAAGUUCGCGGGACGUGGACUUCGGUCACUUGGUGUAGCAUAUCAGGACGUGCCAGACGGAAGGAAAGAGAGCCGGGGUAGCCCGUGGCAUUUUGUUGCUCUCUUGCCACUCUUUGAUCCACCGAGGCACAACAGCGCAGAAACGAUUCAAAGGGCACUUAACCUUGGUGUGAAUGUGAAGAUGAUCACAGGUGACCAGCUAGCGAUCGGGAAGGAAACAGGGCGUCGUCUAGGAAUGGGUACAAACAUGUACCCUUCAUCUUCUUUGCUGGGGCAGAACAAGGAUGAGUCUAUUGCUGAUUUACCAGUCGAUGAUCUAAUUGAGAAAGCCGAUGGUUUUGCUGGCGUAUUCCCAGAGCACAAAUAUGAGAUUGUGAAACGCCUACAAGCACGGAAGCACAUUUGUGGAAUGACUGGCGAUGGCGUAAAUGAUGCACCAGCCCUAAAGAAAGCUGAUAUCGGCAUAGCGGUUGCCGAUGCAACAGAUGCAGCGAGGAGUGCUUCUGAUGUCAUACUCACGGAACCUGGUCUAAGUGUGAUCAUUAGUGCUGUCCUUACAAGUCGAGCAAUUUUCCAACGGAUGAAGAACUACACUAUCUAUGCGGUCUCAAUUACAAUACGUAUUGUGCUUGGAUUUAUGCUACUUGCCCUCAUAUGGGAGUUUGAUUUCCCGCCAUUUAUGGUCCUGAUCAUCACAAUUCUGAAUGAGGGUACCAUACUGACAACAUCGAAGGAUCGAGUAAAGCCUUCUCCGCUACCUGACAGCUGGAAGUUGGCUGAAAUUUUCACAAGUGGGGUGGUUCUUGGCGGAUACUUGGCAAUGACGACUGUCAUUUUCUUCUGGGCUGCAUACAAGACUGACUUUUUCCCUAGGAUCUUUCAUGUAAAAAGCCUUGAGAAGACGGCUCAAGAUGACUUCCAAAUGCUUGCCUCUGCUGUAUUCCUUCAAGUCAGCACCAUCAGCCAAGCUCUCAUCUUCGUUACAAGGUCGCGAAGCUGGUCGUUCGUCGAGCGCCCCAACUUUCUCCUGGUCUUCGCUUUCUUGGUCGCACAGCUGAUAGCCACACUGAUCGCUGUAUACGCCGACUGGGCAUUCACUUCGAUCAAUGGCAUCGGGUGGGGCUGGGCCGGCAUCGUGUGGCUCUACAACCUCGUCUUCUACUUCCCGCUCGACAUCAUCAAGUUCUUCACCCGAUACGCCCUCAGCGGGCAAGCAUGGGAUCUUGUCAUUGAGCAAAGAAUUGCGUUUACAAGGAAGAAGCAAUUUGGCCAGCAAGAGAGGGAGCUCAAUGCACCGAGGACACUCCAUGGGCUGCAGCCGGCGGAUGCCAAGCUGUUCCCUGAGAAGGCAGGCUACAACAAGCUGAAUCAGAUGGCCGAGGAGGCGAAGCAGAGGGCUGAUAUUGCAAGAUUGAUGAUGGUACACACUCUCAAGGGGCAUGUGGAGACGGUCGUGAAGCCGAAGGGCCUCGACAUCGACACCAUUCAGCAAUCUUACACCGUGUGAUGAGUUUGGGAUAUCUUUGAAAGUGGGAGUUUAUAUAUCCUUGCUGGAUAGGAAUAACAGACUUUUGAUAGGUUGCUUUUGCCCCCCUCUUAGUUGACUUAAAGCUGCCGACGUUACCAGUUCAAUAUUUGAAGGGGUUUGAUGUACUAUCAGCCCAGUAUUAGAGGCAGGGCAAAACCCAUAUGGACCAAAAGAGCAAAGACAUGAAUAAAAUUUGGAUGCUUCGCUACUGAAA